ACACUGCCAAGCCCGACACAAGUACUUGGCCUUAUAGAACAGCACUAUCAUGUAGAACCUUCUCCUGGCUGGUUAGCCCGACUGGCGGGCUUCUUACCUUCACUGAUCGUCAAAGUGUUCAGCUUCGCCACAAUGUCCAUUCCACUCUUCUUCUACAGAAUCCUCACAUGGUCAUUCACCCUCCAUCUCAACUUCACCUCUCUCUUAGUGAUCCUGUUCUGUAUGGCCCUGGCUGCCUACUGGGUCGUACGUUACCGUUUCCUGACAACAUACUCGAGACUGAAACCAAUCGAACCCCCCAAAGUAACCUCUUCAUUCGAUCUCCAUCCAGAUACCCCCGAAGACGCCCACGAUUCAAAAACCAACUUCAAAAACUAUCCAGACGAGUUCUUGUCUGCCUUUCUGUCCUCGAUCAAGCUGUUCGGCUAUCUCGAAAAACCAGUGUUUCACGAACUCGCGCGCCACCUACAAACCAAGAAGAUGCUGGCAGGAGACACACUGUUUAGAAACCCAGACCAGGAACGUUCGUUUUAUAUCGUCGUCGACGGCCAUGUGCAGAUGUUCCUCAAGCCAGAAAACGAAGAAGACAACCAGAGUGAUUAUUAUGAUGACGACGAAACCAACGAACCAGACGAUGGCUGGUCCGGGAACCAGAGCUCGAGAAGCGAUCCGUUUGAUAGUUACACUCUUAUUAAUGAAGUAGGUGCCGGCGGGACCCUAUCGAGUCUCUUCACAAUCCUGUCCGUCUUCCGUGAAAGCUUCAGCAUAUCAGAACAGAAGGACAAGCAAAAGCAGCGGGUGCAGCAGCAACAGCAACAGCAACAGGAAGCAGCAGCCGCAAUCGCAGCAGAGUUGGCUGGGCAAGACAGUGCUAGAGAUGGCUGGAGACAAGUGUUUCCAAACAUCGAGACCCAGGCAGAUACCAGCUUUAAUAAUUUGUCGAUCGAUUCAGAUCCAUUUGUCCUUCGUCGUCCCUCAGCAAGCAGUAGCACAAGCACUUCAAGAAGAAGAAGAAAUUACUUUGGCGCUCCUUCUCCACGUGCUUACCGCUCUGUACAUCCCAAUAUCAUUGCUCGUGCUACAGUCGACACGACCCUGGCCGUCAUCCCCGAAGAAGCCUUUCAUAAACUCACCCAAAAGUUCCCCAAGGCAGCAGCCCACAUCGUCCAAGUGAUUGUGACCAGGUUCCAACGAGUGACCUUGAUGACCAGUCAUCGUUAUUUAGGUCUAACUAGGGAGUUGAUGCAAUUGGAAAAACAGAUCAAUGAGUCCGUCAGUGUACACAGUCUUCCAGAAGACUUUUUUAUGGAUGGUAGUAUGGACAGGCUGAGACAAAAGUUUGCACACGAUGAAGAAGACGAUGAUGAUGAAGGUGAAGAAGACGAAAACAAUCAAAAAAGUGGAAAGGAGAAUAAAUCGAAUAUCAACAGAACCAAGAACGAUAAUAAUGCCUCAACAUCUACUUCAACAUCGACCAGUGCUACUACUACUAAUAAUAAUAACAAUCGCCGUCAACUGCCAAAUAAACCAGCCCAAAUUAGUCGGACAGAUAGUACUCGACAUAUUGAGGCCAUUGACAUUGUCGAUCGUCCCUUGACUCCUCGUGCACCAAACCCUCGCCACAACUCUCCGCUGUCCUCAGGUCCUCGUCAGAGCUCUAACCAUUCGCCAUCACCAGAUAUCAAGCGCCAGCGUAACGCAGGGACAGAUGAAGAGUACAGUGUCGAGGACGACGCUCAUCUACGACUGUCUAUAAUGCACUGCCUGGCAAACUCGCUCGGAAUAAAGGCCACCAACCACUCAGCCGAAGACGUAUCACGCAACACCCUAUCGCCCCUAUCGUCUCGACGGAAUAUGAUUACACCUGACACGGGCCGACAGCGCCUGGGAAUCGACUCGAGUGCGUCUCCUUCGCUCGACCCUCAUAUAAUUCCCUACGAUGAUGAUGUCGACGCUCUGUCUACUAUAUCGUCAGUCCAUUCGGGAAGUGAUAUAUGGAGCUCUGCAGAGAAUGGAAAACGCAAUGAAGAAUUGUCGGCUGAUGAUAUUCAGAUCCUUUACUUUCCCAAGGAUGCCGUGUUGGUCAAGGAAGGCGAGCACAUGCACGGCAUUUACUUUGUAAUUGAUGGUUUACUUGAUGCCUCGAUGUCUCAUCCUCAUGGAGGAUCUAUUUUGUCCAGUGGUAGCAAUAGUACCAGGAACAAAUCAAACAUUGUCAGGAAUAAUAACAACAGCAACAGCAAUUCUAGAAGCAGCACUACUACCAGCUCUGCCGAGAAUGACAACAAUGCCCAGAAUGUCAAGCGUGCCAUGUUUGUGGUCAAGGCAGGUGGUGUGGUAGGAUACCUGGAUGCCCUGACAGGUUACCCUAGUUUUACGGAAGUUAGAGCCAAUACAGACACCUAUGUUGGAUUUUUGUCCAAGAAAAGGUUGGAUCGUAUUAUUGACAAGCAACCUUCUGUUAUGCUCAAGCUUGCCAAACAAUUGGUGGGUCUCUUAAGUCCUCUUGUAUUACACAUCGACUUGUCUUUGGAGUGGAUGCAAGUUCAUGCUGGACAGGUCAUUUAUCAAGAAGGACAACCUAGUGAAUCAAUUUAUAUGGUUCUUCAUGGUCGACUGAGAACAAUUAAAGAGCAUAACGAAGGAGACCUUGAGAUUCUUGGUGAAUUUGGUCAUGGUGAUAGUGUUGGAGAACUUGAAGUGAUGACUGAUACCCCAACACCAUCUACACUUCAUGCUAUCCGUGACUCUGAGCUGACAAGAAUGCCAAAGACGCUUUUUAAUGCGCUCGCUCUGCGCCAUCCUGAAAUUACUCUCCAGAUCUCUCGAAUGGUUGCUCUUCGUUCUCUUCAACUUGUCAUGCAGCGCAAUACUCCUGGUCUAUCAACAGCAACAAUAUCAACAGCAAUAGAAACAAUAGCAGCAAUACUCUACGGUCGAAACAACGUGAAUCUCAAGACGAUCGGCAUCUUACCCGUUAAUGGCGCUGUUCCUGUAACAGAGUUUGCCGAGAGUCUAAAGAACGCAUUGAUGGAGUCGGUCGGCGCCACCUGUGUGCUACUCAACGCAGCCACUCUGACAACAGUCAUGGGCCGCCACGCAUUCUCGCGCAUGGGUAAGCUAAAGAUGGCCUCCUGGCUGGCCGAGCAAGAGGAACGGGUCCGGAUCGUGCUGUACUUGGCCGACAGUGGCGUAACGUCUCAAUGGACCCGAACCUGUAUUCGACAGGCCGAUUGUAUUCUGUUGGUCGGGCUUGGAGACGGAGACCCAUCAGUCGGUGAGUAUGAGCGGUUCUUGAUCAACAUGAAAACCACUGCACGCAAGGAACUUGUUUUGCUACAUCGUGAACGGUCCUGUCCUUCUGGUACAACCCAAAACUGGCUCAAGAAUCGUCUUUGGAUUCAGGCCCACCAUCACAUAUUUAUGCCAAUGCGUCAACACCAUGGCACUUGUCCUGAUGACCGAUUCAGACCACCUUGGUUAGCUGAGCAAGGCCGUAAGAUGACGGCCGGGUCGAUUAGUAUGUUGAACAAUGUCAAAGGACAACUGGAAAAGUAUUAUCUGGCUGUACCUACAUUUGGGCGCCUAUUGGCUCGGCGAAUCUGCGGAAAAUCUGUGGCGUUGGUAUUAGGCGGUGGUGGCGCAAGAGGUAUCAGUCACAUUGGUCUUAUUCAUGCCUUGGAGGAAGCAGGUAUCCCGAUUGAUAUUGUUGGUGGUACGAGUAUCGGCAGUUUCGUGGGUGGGCUAUAUGCAAGAAACAUGGAUCUUGUGACGACAAUUGCACGCACCAAGAUGUUUGCUGGUCGGGUUUCGAGUAUCUGGCGUCAGAUUAUGGAUCUUACUUAUCCGGUAACUGCUUGGUUUACAGGUCAUGAAUUUAACCGUGCUAUUUGGAAAUGCUUGGGUGAUAGCCAAAUCGAGGACUUUUGGUUGCCGUACUUUGCUGUAACAACCAACAUCACCUUUUCUCGUAUGGAGGUGCACACAACAGGUUAUGCCUGGCGCUACAUUCGCGCAUCGAUGUCAUUGUCAGGAUACAUGCCUCCGAUCUGCGACAACGGAAACAUGUUAGUCGACGGUGGCUACAUGGACAAUUUGCCUGUAUCGGUAGCCAAGAAUAUGGGAGCCGACAUCAUCAUUGCUGUCGACGUGGCUUCCGAGGAUGACACGAGCCCUGUUCACUAUGGCGACUCGAUCAGUGGCUGGUGGGCGCUUGUGCACAGUUUCAAUCCUUUCCGAACCUACAACAUUCCAAGCAUUGCCGAUAUCCAGAGCCGCCUGGCCUAUGUCAGCAGUGUGUCCAAACUUGAAGAAGCAAAGAUGAUCGAUGGCACGCUGUAUGUCAAGCUGCCUGUCCAGCGUUGGGGUACUCUGGAGUUCAACAAAUUCACAGAUGUAAUGCAAACCGGGUAUGAUGUCGGACGCGAGGUCGUUGGUCGCUGGCGUAAAGCUGGA